AUGCCCUCCCUUGCAGAUACUCUAAACGACCCCGCCCUCUUCAUCGAGAAGUCCUACAUCGACGGCAAAUGGGUGUCCUCGGUCUCUUCCAAAACAUUCAACGUCUACAACCCCGCAACCGAAGAACUCAUCGGAACCUGUCCCGAAUCCAACACCGACGAUAUCCAGUCUGCAAUCCACGCCGCCGCGGCCGCAUUCCCCCAAUGGCGCUCCCUCUCGGGCCGCCAGCGCGGCCGCAUCCUCCGCAAAUGGUUCGACCUCAUCGUCGAGAAUAAAGAGGAUAUUGGGAAGAUCAUCACGGCGGAGAACGGGAAGGCCAAGGGUGAUGCGGAGGGCGAGGCGCUCUUCUCCGCGGGGUUCUUUGAGUGGUUCUCUGAAGAGGCGGCCAGAAUUUACGGCGAUGUCAUCCCGCAUAGUAACCCGAGCAGUCGGGUGCAGGUGCUCAAGGAGCCGGUUGGUGUUUGUGGAUUGAUUACGCCGUGGAACUUUCCGAUGGCGAUGGGGGCGCGCAAGGUCGCUGCGGCUUUGGCGGCGGGGUGUACGGUUGUUAUGAAGUCGGAUGGGUUGACUCCGUUCUCGUCGAAUGUUAUGGCGCUUCUGGCGGAGAGGGCGGGUGUACCGGCUGGUGUGUUGAAUGUUGUCACUGCGCUUGAGAACACGCCGGCGUUAGGGCUGGCGCUUUGCGAGUCGGACAUUGUGAAGAAGAUUUCGUUCACUGGGUCGACGCGCGUCGGGAAGUUGCUUAUGAGGCAGUCGAGCGAGACGCUGAAGAAGUUGAGCUUGGAGCUUGGAGGCAAUGCGCCGUUCAUUGUGUUUGAUGAUGCGGAUCUCGAGAUGGCGGUCACGAGUGCCAUUGCUAGUAAGUUCAAGGUGACGGGGCAAACUUGCGUUUGUGCAAACCGGUUCUUUGUGCAGGAGGGUAUCUAUGAGGCAUUCAGCGAGCGCCUUGUCGAGGAGGUGAAGAAGUGCCAGGUUGGCAAUGGUCAAAAUGCUGGUGUGACACAUGGACCCUUGACCAACGGCGUGGCGAAGACACAGGAACAUAUUCAGGAUGCUGUUAGCAAGAAGGCGACUGUGCUUCUAGGCGGCAGCACCCUGCCAUCCGUUGGCAAGAACUUCCACGAGCUGACUAUCCUUGGCGAUGUCGACGAUUCGAUGAAAGUCGCCACUGAGGAAACAUUUGGGCCUCUUGCGGCGCUAUCCAAGUUCAAGACGGAAGAUGAGGUUGUUCGCCGCGCGAAUAGCGUCGAGGUCGGCCUGGCAUCAUAUCUCAUCACAAGUGACCUGGGAAGGGCGCAUCGGGUCUCUGAGAGAUUGGAGUUCGGCAUGGUUGCUAUCAACACGGGGGUAAUAUCUGACUCCGCGGCUCCGUUCGGAGGUGUCAAGCACUCCGGCAUGGGCCGCGAGGGCAGUAAGUACGGCAUUGAUGACUAUGUAAACAUAAAGAUGAUUGUGACUGGCGGCAUCAACACAGUUUAUGCAGCUCAUCUCAUCAUAUAUCUCAAAAUGCAAUGA